AUGAUCUGCCAGACUCUCUUCGCUCUCUGCGUCUUCUCCGCAGGACUGAGAGUGCAGAGCAUGCCUACAUCAUCCCCCUUGCCUGUUUCUUUGAUGGAAAAGAUUAUCUCGCCAACGCCAACGACCUUCUGGACAAACUCUCCACAGAGCCCUCCCGCCUCCCCCACCAGCAGCACACCCAGCAACUCAGUGCCCCCCAUUACAGUGACAUCCGUACAGACAUCUGUAACCCCCAAAAAUGUUGUCAUGGUGCCCACAGGACAGGAGACCACCUUGACCUUGGAAGAUCCAAAUACAGAUGCCUUAUCAACAAGCAGUGAGGUUCCCUUAACACCCACACCCACAGAGCACAGCUCGGGCACUCCAGAGGCAAGUGUGUCAGCUACAGGGUCGAGGUUCCUAAGUGAGUCUCCUUCACCUACCUAUGCUCAAACUUCAGCCUCCUCACCCCCAGCCCUAUCAACCUCACCACCACCAAUUCUAUCAACCUCACCCCCAGAGGUUUCUUCUGUAUCGGACAACACCAACCACAGUUCCACUGAGACCAGCACCAAGACCACAGGAGCCCCAACCACACGCGAGUCCCCAGCACAGGAGCACAGCUCUGGCCACACCCCCACUUCACAUGUCACGUCGGAGCUGGUGCCCACGGAGAAAAUGCCACAAACAACUGUGCCAGCCAAAGUGACCUGUAUCCUGGUAGAUAUUGAGACCACCACCGCCUCCCCCAGGGUGAUCAUGCAGGAAGUGGAACAUGCACUAAGUUCAGGCAGCAUUGCCGCCAUUACAGUGACUGUCAUUGCCGUGGUGUUGCUGGUGUUUGGAGUUGCAGCUUAUAUGAAGAUCAGGCACUCCUCCUACGGAAGGCUUCUGGAUGACCAUGACUACGGGUCCUGGGGAAACUACAACAACCCUCUGUACGACGACUCCUAA